AUGUCUCAAAAUCCCACUUGUGCUGAUCAUAUUUUAGCAAUUCUAGAGUGUCUCCCCUUCAAUCUAAAUGUCAGGAUAAGAAGGCAUGUCAGGAACAAGAAUGAUCCAGAUUCCACUUCUGCUGGUUCUGCUUUAGUUUAUCUGACUGAGGAGUCUAGCCUCGCAUCUGUCAGGAACAAGAAUGAUCCAUAUUCCACUUCUGUUGUUUCUGCUUUAGUUUAUCUGACUGAGGAAUCUAACUUCGGAUCUGAUUCUGAGUGGAUACCAGUCAGAGUGGGUUUGGAACUCAUUCAAACAUUUCUUACAUUUGUCUUGGAAUGGAGCAAUACUAGCGAGGCAGUCCAACGUGGAGAUGAUGCAAAGCACCACCUCGAGGUUGUCCGAUCCAGCUUGCUGCAGAAGAUUGAGUUAUUCAAGCCAAGAAUUAAAGAAGCAUAUGACUUUUUUGAGCAUGCAUUUGAAACAGGCAGCUUUCCUGUCAUCAAAUCGGAUGAUGUCUGGGUUCGGUUGUGUGACUGUACACGCACUAAUGCAUCGCAUCUCAAUUCUGAAACCCAUCUGAUCACUACGGCUCUGUUCGUGAAAGUUAAAUACCUGCUAACCGGUGUCCAAGUCUUCAGAGAACCUUUCUUAAACAAAAGCUCUGAUCGUCAAUCAUCAUGGGACCUUGGGAUUCGUAUGGAAGGCCUUGCAAUCUGUUUAGCACGCCUCCUGUUUUCGUGGUGGGCAGAUGGCACGGAUAAAGAGACUGAUCAGACUGCCAUGCUCUCAGACCUGCUGCAGUCAAUUAAGCCCACUUCUCCAGAACUCUUGGGUGCAUACGUCAAGGCCAUCACAAACCAGGCUCACUGCCCAACUGGAGAACUUGCUUCUCACCUUGUAAGAAUAAUUCUUAUUCCUUCAAACUUCGAAUCACUUGAAACAUUCCUUGAGAGUGGGCUAGUAUCUCUUAUAUUAUAUUUGAUCAAAACACUGGAUACAUAUGCCACGGAUGAGGAUGUGGAAUUACUGUAUUCAGAUAUUGAAAAAAAAGUUUGUGAUGCGGGCUCUUUGAUUCAACUGCAUGAUGGUAAGAUUGUACUUUUGCUUCAGAAGAUUGAGCUUUCUAAACUAGAGAGUACUCUAUUGACACUAACAUCAAGUGCCUGGAUUAUUGAAAGAAAAAUUGAAUCCAUUCACCAGGGGCUGAGGUUGUUGCAAACAUUACUUCUCAAGUAUCCGAAGGAUGUGAAUACAGAAAAGUUGAUAAUGAUCAUCAAGCGCAUUGAGCUAGUGGCUACGGAGACAGAAUCUCUCCAACUCGAGUUGGGAGCAAAACAAAUUGAUAAAUCCAGCCACCAUGAUGCACUCAAGUAUAAAUUGUUUCUGGAUUUUAGACUUGUGAAGAUUCAAGCUUACUUGUUGGAGCAACGGAUGAUAAUACUUCCACCAGAGAAGAACUUGAAGGCUGUAGAGAUAGUGGAUGAGAUGGAAACACCUCUCCGCCACUUUUCUCGAUCCAAUCAGCAGGUUCCAGAAAACACCAUCGACGAGAUGUCAACAAUCCUUUCUGAUCUGCUGGAGCUGGUCAAUAUUUGUAAUACAGACACCCGAGACAGCUAUCUACAACUUCAGAACUCUUCAGCCCUUACCUUGCCAGAGACUACUCCUGAUCAAGGAUUGAGCAGUGUUGAUAAUUUCCUGGAAAAACUGAGUGGAUUGGUGAAGGACAAGAAUGAUUGGAUUGGAUAUUCAAUGAAGGGUCAGACAGAAGCAGUCCUUAAGGAGCUAAGCUCUGUGACAUCUUUCAUGGAGGACGUUGGAGGGGAAAAAACAAAACGAGAACUCAGAGGAGAAAAAUCUCCAGAAACGUGUCUGGCAGGAAGUUUAUGA